AUGAAUACAAAUAAACAGUUAGUUAAGGAUAUAUAUAAAAUAGAAUACAAGGAUGCUAUUAAUAUAGAAAAAUUAGAAGAAAUUUAUGAAAAAAAAAAAAAUAUAAAGUUAAAAAGAAGCGAAAUUGUUUAUACAUUAAAUAUUCUUGAAAAUGCAAGAGCUUGCUCAAUAAAAAAUGAAAAUAAUACUAUUAUAACUAAAAUGAGAAAUGAAGAAGUUACAAAAAAAUUAAAAGAAUUAAGUGAUAUAGAUUUUUUAAUUUUUACUAAAGUUGAAAAUAGUCAAAACAGUGGUAUCUGGACAGCCGAUUUAAGAAAGCAAACGAAAUUAUUAAUACAUCAAGUUCAGAAAGGUGUGAAGUUGUUAUGUGAAAAUAAGUUAAUAAAACAAGUUAAUAAUAUUCACGUAAAAAAUCGUAAAAUGUAUAUUUUAUAUGAUUUGGAAGCUUCUGAAAAGGUAAUAGGAGGUUCUUUUUAUACUGAUGGAGAAUUUAAUAAAAAAGUUGUAGAUUAUAUAAGAGAAAAUAUUUGCUUUUAUUUAUACAAUAAUAAUAAUUCUAAUGUUUUAUCAGUAAUUAAUUAUAUUAAAAAACUUAAUAAUAGUGUUGGUUAUUUUUCAGAUAAUGAUAUAUAUAGAGUUAUAAAAACACUAUUAUAUGAAGAAAAAAUUAAAAUAUAUAAAAAUAAUAGUAAUGAAGAAAUAAUUUAUUAUUAUAAUAAUGAAAAUAAAAAAUUUCUAAAUAAUUUUCCUUGCUUUUCUUGUGAAAUUUUUAAUAAAUGUAAUUCAGAUACUAAUACUUCUAUUAAUCCGAAGAAAUGUUUAUAUUUAAAUUUUUAUCUUAACUUAGAAAAUGAAUAA